GUCUCUGAGUCUCUCCUCUGUCCCACUCUAGGAUAAAGAGUUGUACCGCUGGCCUAUCAAGGAGUCUCUGAAGACGAUGAUGGUGUGGUGCUGGAGCAUAGAGAGGACCAGGGAGGGAGACCCAGCCAGCCUACACAACAGAGGACGUAGGAUCUCUCAGAUCAGCCAGCAACACUCUGUCGAAGGAGCUCCAGGUUUCAGCCCCAGACCCAUCGACAUGAGCAAUGUGACACUGUCCCGGGACCUGCACUCUAUGGCAGAACUGCUUGCAGAGAACUAUCAUAAUAUUUGGGCGAAGAAGAAGAAGCUGGAACUAGAAGCCAAAGGAGGAGGGAACCAUCCCUUACUGGUGCCCUAUGACACGCUCACCGCCAGAGAGAAAUACAAAGACAGAGGAAAAGCCCAAGACAUUCUCAAGUUCUUUCAGAUUAAUGGCUACACUGUAUCCAGGGCCAUGAAAGAGCAGGAGCUGGAUACCCCCUCCAUAGAGAAGCGUUUUGCCUACACCUUUCUGCAGCAGCUCAUCACUGAUGUAGACGGGGCCCACGAACACAUGCUGGAGUCUGACGUUGGGACACCACCGAAAGGAGAGAGCGUUCCUCACGAGCAGCAGAUGAAGUUUUUUGGAAAGGUGGUCCUGCCAUUGGUCGACCAGUACUUCAAGAAUCACCGCCUCUACUUCCUUUCCACGGCCAUCCGACCAAUCAGCAGCGGGGGCCACGCCUCCAAUAAGGAGAAGGAGAUGGUGACAAGUCUGUUCUGCAAACUGGGACUUCUUGUCAGACAUAGGAUAUCAUUGUUUGGUAAGAAGGCUGUGAAGAGUGUGCUUCUAAGGAUAGUGUGGACAAUUGGGCCUGUGUCCCAAAAUGGCUCCAUAUUCCUUAUAUGGUCCACUACUUUUGACCAGAUCCCUAUGCACUAUGUAGUGCACUACUUUUGACCAGAUCCCUAUGCA